AUGGCCGACCCAAAGACUAGCCCGCCACUAACGCGCGCUGCGGUGCAAGCCGCCCACGAGCUCAUCAAACCCCACGUGCACCGAACCCCCGUGAUCCACAGCCGGACUCUCGACGAGUUCGCGUCGCGACGGCGCACGGCCUCAGAACUCAAGGGCACGGCGUGGGAGGGCAAGAAAGAAGGGGCGAAACCGACGCUGAGGAUCUGGAUCAAGUGCGAGAAUCUGCAGCGGAUCGGGGCGUUCAAGGCGCGAGGGGCUUUCCACGCCGUGGGGAGGCUUCUCGAGGAUGAGGAAUGGGUGAAAGCCGGUGGUAGGGAGAAGGGCGUCGCCACGCAUAGUUCGGGGAACCACGCUCAGGCUAUAGCGCUGGCGGCUAGGGAACAUGGGAUACCCGCGCACGUGGUCAUGCCGGCUAUUUCGAACCCGAAGAAGGUGGAGGCGACGAAGGGGUAUGGGGCGGUGGUUUAUGAGAGUGGGAGUACGGCGCCGGAGAGGGAGGAGAUGUUGGUGAAGGUUGUGAGUGAGACGGGGGCGAGGUUCGUGCCGCCUUAUAAUUACCCCGAUGUAAUUCUUGGUCAGGGAACCGUCGGCCUCGAGCUUCAGGAGCAAGCUACGCAGCUUAUUGCUGAGAAUGCAGCUUCUAGCCCUACUCCGACGUCCAGGAAGGCUCUCAACGCCAUCAUUUCUCCAUGUGGCGGCGGUGGUCUUCUCUCUGGUAUAGCUCUCUCUUGCGAAGGCACAGGAAUAACCGUCUUCGCCGCCGAACCCUCCCACGAAGGCGCCGACGACCUCGCCCGCGCCUUCAAAGCCGGUCUCAAAUCCCCCAUCCCCGCCGUCAAGUCCCUCACCAUCGCCGACGGCCUCCGCACGCCCGUGGGCCCGAUCCCGUGGUCCAUCAUCCGCGGCGAGCGCAACCUCGUGCGGGACGCCUUCAGCGUGACGGAGCGGGAGAUUUCCAAGACGCUCAAGUUCGUGCUGGAGAGGUUGAAGGUCGUCGUGGAGCCGAGCGCCGUGGUGGGGUUGGCUGUUGUGCUGUUUAAUGAGGAUUUUAGGGAGUUGGCGGAGAGGCAGGGGGGCGAGGAGGGGUGGGAUGUUGGGGUUGUGUUUACCGGCGGGAAUUUGAGUUUGGAUGCUUUGCCCGCGUUGUUGAAGAUUGGGGAGGAGGAGCUAUAA